UCACCGCUGGUUACCUUGGAAGCAGGAGAAACUACCUCAGUCUGCGCUCCGCUAAAUUACAGGCACAGCUCACAGCCACUGUCAGAAUGUUUUCCACAUUCUAGCGUUCCAAUGAGAGUAUGGUGGAAUAGCAUCACUUUACGAGUUGGAAAAAGAGCUUCAAUUUUUUUUUAUAGUGUCUGUAGCAUGAUAUUUCUCUCCUGGAAUCGCGCAAAUCCGAGAUAACGAAAAUGUCACAACAACGGGUCGUCCAACUGUCGACCGCCUCGCUCGCGCUGGUCUUCGGCAAGGACGAGGAGAGCUCGAGAGCCACGGGUGGAGAGAAAUACAAGGCUGCAAGCGGCCAGGAGAUUUUUGCCGAUUUUAAAGCGCAAAAUCUGCGCAGUUUUUGGAAUAAAAGACUUGUGAAAGCUAUAGCUGAAGUUUACUUUCAAGGAUGGAUGGAGAAUUUGGUAUUGUUCGUCCAUGGGAAUGCCAACAACCUAGAGGUGCUGAGGGAAGCUUGGAUGCGCCGAGCGCUGAGGUCACCCAAAGGGUUUGUCAUCAAAGCAGUCGGUGACCUGUCCCCAGUGCAGAUGUCUCCAGUGGCCCAGUCUCAGUUCCUCCCUCUAGCCGAGGUCCUCUGCUGUGUCAUCUCUGACAUGAACUCCUCCAAUAUCACCGUCAACCAGGAAGCCCUCAUCAGUCACAUGACCAAGGCUCACCCAGGUAUGACCAUCCCUACUCAGGACAUCCUGUACAACGCUCUGGGCUCGUUGAUCAAAGAGAGGAAGAUCUACCACACAGGAGAGGGCUAUUUCAUUGUCACUCCUCAGACCUACUUUAUCACCAACAGCCUGGUGAGAGAGAAGAGCUGGUGGACCUCAGGGUCUGGAGACAAUGAGCUGCCAUCCCCUCCCCCCAUCACCUACCUGCUCAGUAAUGACACCCUGGAGAGCCACUCACAGCCCCCUCUGGUGGCCCACUGCAAGUCCUGCAGCUGCUUUGCCCCUGCCCAGAACGUGACCAAUCCUGCUACUACGGCCACUACAGCCACCACGGUUCCUCCAUCCCUCCCAGACCAGCACUCGGUUUCUGUUUCUAUUAGCGAGUGCACAGGGAAGAGUCUAAAGUGGUCCCGGGACCACAAGCCUCAAGUCCAGCACCAGUCGACCUCGACGGCCGCAGACUACCAGGCUAGCGAGGUCAGCAAGACCACUACGGCUACCGCCGCCAGCAGCAAGGGCAAAUCGGGGAGGAGGUUUGGCCUCAGCCUCUUCAGGAGGAACGGAGGGAAGAAGGAGAAAGUGAAGAAAGAAUAUGCCUCGUUCUCGGGUCAGUUCCCUCCGGAGGAGUGGCCGGUGAGGGACGAGGAGGAUCUGAACAAUCUGCCCAGAGACUUGGAGCACGCCAUCAUCAGACGCAUCAACCCUGAGCUCACUGUGGACAACCUGACACGCCACACUGUACUAAUGAAGAAACUGGGGGAGAGAGGAGGGGAGAAAGGGACGGAAACAGAAAGACGAGGGGAAAGAGGGGUGGAAAGGGAUAAAGGUUUGGACAAGGGGGACAGGGUAGACAGAGGGGACAAGGUGGUGGACAAGGGCAUGUCCACUGAGAUCCUGACCAGCUCCAAGCCCAGACAACAACACUCCUCCCGGCCCGUACUCGGAGCAGGGGCUGGGGGCAGGAGAUCUACUUCCAAGACCUCUCGCAGCAAGAGAACGCAUUCCUCCGGGGAGAAACAGAAAGACAGGUUGAAGACUAAGGCCCCAGUGUGUGUGGAUGUGGACCCAGACAGGGAGGAGCUGGUCCCCUCUCGCCUCAGACCUGAGGUCCCUGUCCAUGAACCAGACCAUAGAGAGGAGCCAGGAGCGGUGGAGGGGAAAAGCCUCUAUAAGAAACGCAUUGACAACCCCUUUGAGGGUCAACCACCUGGGAAAGAUACAGCCACAACCCAGACUGUGGCCCCUAGCAUGACCCACAAAGAACAGAGGAGGAGAGAGGGAAAGGAAGCGAAGGAGGGGAAAGAGAGGAAGACAUCAGGAGGAGGCAGGAGAGAACGAGUGGGACACCGCUCCAAAUCCUGGGACCCGCACAAAGCCAAAGUGACUGCUGAUGACACAGAGCAUGCUGGAAAGUCUCGUACAACCGAGGACAGGUCAUGUGACCGUCUCCACGAGAGGGGGUUUACCACCGACCCCCUCCUCCUGCACCCCUCUGAUACCAAACCCCCCAGAGAAUUACCGUCAGACUACAGCUCGGCAUACCCCCAGAGCAGCACCCUAAGGAUAGACGACAAGGUUAGAUAUCAGAGGGAGAGAAAGAACAGAGGGAGGGACAGCAGGCAGGGAGGGAAGGAGAAGGAGGGAAAGCAUAGAACGACACAGCAAGCAGAAUAUGGCAGUACAACGGACCAUAGACACCCAGCAGUAACAAGCCAAACCCUAGACUCUGAUGCCAACCUCCCUAGUACCCACCUCUAUGACCCAGUCCCUGCCCAUCCGUGCGACCCGGCCGUGCCCUGGCCAAAGCCUGCUGUGCAUCGCAGGCACUCCUUCAAACACACAGACACACAGGGAGACCUAACCCACAGGCCUGACCUGCUCUCCUCUCACCAACAGGCUUUCAGUACCACCCCCAACCAGCAUGGUCUGGUACACAGCAGUGGUGGCAGUAGAAAGCACAGGAGUCCAGGUCAUGAGCAUGGGGACAUUGAUGGGUUAAUGGUGGAGAGUAAUGGCUUUAUGAUAGAGAGUGAUGAGUUUAUAGAAGAUGACCACAGGCUUUACCAGAGAGCAGAGGAAGAAGAUGAGGAUGCCUGUAGUUCUCUUUAUCUGAGUGAGGAGGGAGUCAUUGACAACAGAGAGAUCUAUCAAACACAAAUGUCUCACUAUCAUGACUCUCAGUCCCUCUACCAUGAUCCUCAGACCAUAUACCAAGACACUCACUUCGACCACCAAGACCCUACUCACUACCACGACCAACCUCACUCCUCUUACCAUGAGCCCCAACCCCACUUCCCCGACCCCCAAUCUCUCCAAGGAGACUGGGAUAGCACUUAUGCGGAGGAGCACUCUUCUACCAUCAACCAAUACCCCUCUCUGUCCCCUCACAGCCCCCACGGACAGGGGAAGGAGAGGUGCGUCAGAGUGAGCCGCUCUACCCUUAGCCACCUCAGCCAGACGUCACCAGGGACUCACAGUGAUCCCAGCCCCAGGCGAGGAGCCCCGAUCCUUGGGGAGCGACGGCAGGACGCCAGCCUCUCCCUGGAGGGUUUGGAGCAUGCUGGGGUGGCAGAGAGCAGCAUAUUUGACUACUGCCAGACCAGCGAGGUGGAGUCUGACGCUGAGACCCUCCAUAAGUCAGCAGACGAGGGGGACGGGGAGUCUGCUCACUGGGGUUGCAGAGUAGAGGAAGACGGGGACGAAAAGGGGGGCUGUGAGACCCUGAGGGAGAGAGGAGGCCUUCAGAGCUCAAGUAUCAGUCUGGGCAUGUCCAGUGGACCCAGAGGGGGAAAGAUGAUGGGGGAGGCAGGGGAGAGUCAGAGCAACACGGGAGACAGCGGGAUAGACUCGCCCUGCACCCAUGUGACUCUGGCAACCAACAACACAGUGAUUCUGGAGGGUCUAAAGAGGAGAGGUUUCCUACAGAACCUGGAGAAACUGCACUCCAAGAGCUCCGCCAUGAGACCACAGAGCUCUUUGCUACAGCUCACACCAGUCAUGAACGUAUAGAAACCAUAGGCCCCCAGAUGCAUCUCAGAGGGAGGGACAAUGAGCUCCCUGACGCAGCUCCGUGUGAGGGCCCAUGAGCUUCCUGACGCAGCUCUGUGUGAGAUUCCCAUGAGUCCCCUGAUGCAGCUCCGUCAUCAGAAAGCGUUGGAAGUAAGAAUGUGCAAUCAGAUAUGGACUUCCAGCAUGUUUGUUUCACUGCUGUAAUAAACUUACUGUGAACACCUAGCUUUUCCUCAUUGUCUAUGCUGGUUAGCUAUCCACUCCUCCCGGGAUAGUGUAUAAGAGCAACUUAUGGAUGCUCAACCCAGACCUACCCCAGUGGAUGUCCUUGUAUAUUUUAUUCUUCCCCUUUCUGUAUAUAACAUUUAACAGGAAUAUCCUGAGACAUAUUUGGCUAGUGAAUCUGCUGCAAUGAAUGCAUGAUCAAUCAAUAGGUGGUGUGGAUGUAGGAGGUAGUACUGUGAGUUUGCAUGGUCCUUCCACUAGGCCUGAAAUUGAAUUUUCAUACCUUUCCUUGUAGCCAUGUGUAACACAAAUAAAUAUUUAUGUACCACACAAGCCACCACCUCACUGAAAGUUGUUGACACUUAAUAAGUAGUACCUUUCGCUUCUCCAUGGAACCAGUCACUCUUCCACCACCAGCACCCAGGACUUAGCUUUUCAGCUCCAUCUGCCAGGCUCCUUUGUAUUGAAUAGUAGUGCCUAUCUACCCUUUACCCUGCAAUGACUUUGCCUUUCAUAGGAUUUCCACUUGUAAGUAAACAAGUUCAUUGAAGUCGCUCAGUAACAGCCGAUACAAACCAGAACCUGGCAGACAGAGGUGAUAAGCUAAGUCCUGGGUGUACAUGGAGAGAAAUCCCAGCCACAUCAACAAUGGCUCUGGGAGAGCUCGGGUUAGGAAUUGAGGUGGUUUAGUGUUGGGUGAUAGCGAGAUGACGUGUGUUUAACUUGUAUUUAUUUUUAUAAAAAAUUAGGUAAUUACUAAACAGUGGGACUUUUACAAUGAGGUAAGCAAACCUUAGACAAGGCUGCCCCCAAUUGGACACAGUAACAAAAGAAACGGAAGCAUGUUUGAAAACUCAAAUGAGCCAAUGGGCUGAUGGUUACAGUAGUCUGUGGGGGAGGCAAACGCAUCGUCACCGACAUAAAUUUGAGAAUUUCCAAGUUAGGUGGAAAGAAGUUCUCAAGUAACAUGGAUGAAUGAAUAUUUAACUGAUCUGAAAGUCCUAGGAACUUGUCAAGCAACCCAACUUCAACAGCUCGUCUGUAAAGGGUUAUUAUAAGUUCAGGCUAGAACUUUUAUUUCUCUCCUUUUGAAAAGGAUAUUUUGGUUGUGUCAUCGUCCAUCUGUAUCGACUGCUCCACACAGAGACAAAUUAAACUCUGCCCCUGACCACUACACUGUUUUUGAAUGAAUAUUGAACUUCUACAUUGGCCCUGCCCACUGUUGUAUUUUUAGGGGAACUGAGUUAACAUGUAACAAGAAGCAUGUGGGUGUCAUUACCAGACUUCAAAAUAACAAAUCAGACAAAAGAAACCAUUGAUGCAAUGUUGACAGUCAACUUUUAUUUAUCCAUAUAUGUAGCAGUCAGAAAUGUGGGGAGAGGUGGAGCUGGGUGGGACCUCUACGGUUAUCAGAGCCAUAUAGGGAUCAAAAACAUUCUCACUUCCGUAAUUCAACCUUGAAGAAAAUCUACAUUGAAUGCCAAAGACAGGAGAGAAAAUUAAAUGACAAUGAAGAUGUAACAGUGUGCAAACACAACGUACAUAGAAGCCCAAAAAUAAUAAAGUAAUGACAUCAACUUAAAAUGCUGGGUUUAAGUUAAGAAUAAAGGAGUUGCCAAACCAUACGUUUUUUUGUUUGUUUUAUGACAGCUCAGCAUACAUUUCUACAGCAUGCAGUAAGGCACCUAUCUAACACAAGGAAUAAGCCUAUGCUACCGUUUGAAGCACAACUGUUAUUCAAAAAGGGGUAAAAAAAGAAUAAAGGCUGCUCAAAAUAAAAAUUCCGUCCCAUAUUUUUUAAUUUAUUUUUUAAACAGUAUAAUAGCUAUUCUUCCCUUUCAAAAUGACCCAAACAGUAUUUAAAAUAAAGAAAAGAAAAAGUUGUUUUAUUUAUACACAGAACAGUAAAUAAAAAGCGUAAUCCCAUGGAAUUUGGAAAACCUGGAAGUUCAAAGUCAAGUGGUGUCACUAAAAGCAACCUAUAGUCGUCUAGAUAGGUAGUAAACACAACCUAUUAAUACACUGUCCAAUUUGGGCACUUCUACUCCCAAAACCAUUCAGUGAAAUCAACUAUAAUUCUAUACACUGCUAAUUGAAUGAGUAAAGAAAUAACUAUUCAACAUCAGAGUCCAUCGUCUAUCUAAUAAUGAUGUUACAUUUGGUGCUGAAAGAACUGGAUCAGGAAUCAAUUAAAAACAGACGCAAGUCAACUUCAGAUAAUGCUACCAGAUAGUUUAUUUUUUUUGCUGUGAUUUUGUCCAUUUCUCCUUUUCAUGACUGUUAAUUGCAUCCCAAAAAUACAGAGGCUUGAGGCAGUAUUGCUCUCCACACUUUAGCUGUACAGUACAGACCACAUCACUGGGUACAUACCCAUCCACAUGGAUCUGCAUCUCACUGGAUGGAAACCCUAGAUGGCAACCCAGAUAUGACAGUAUGUACAUACGAGAGCAGCAGCAACAUUUCCUGGUAGCUCUGUAACAAAAACAAUGAAUGAAAAGGAAUCUGGAGAAGGGAGGUGAGAGUAUGUGGAUGUUACUAUAAAAAAAAACACAUCUAAUUUCUGGAACAAAACUGCACAGUAGUCACCUAUACAGAUAUAUAAAAAAGGAUAAAUCAACAAUUAUUUACAUAGGAUCUGUCUCCCCCCAUGAGUUUACAGGUGGUGAGAUGGGUUAAAAAAAAAUGCACAUUUGAAAAAUUGCUAAUUUAUGCUAUCAAGACAGUAUGACUUGAUCGCAAGUUGCAUCAGUAGCCAAGAGUGGGAGAUUGACCUCAACGGGGUUAGAUCGGAAAAGCACUCCAUAUAGUAGGGGGAGAAUUAUGCACGAGUGAAAUAACUACAAGUGUUUCUCUCCGUUAGUCAGGUAACAUUUAUCAUCUAGAUUAUCAAAUCAUUUUUCUUUUCUUUAAAAGCAAUCAAAAAGAGGGGGUUCUGGAGAGAAGAAUCACAAUCACAAAGGAGAAACACAGG